AUGCCUCGUUUAAAUGCUAGAUCGGCGGGGUUCGCGGCGGUCGUGCUUGCCGUCUGUUCGCUGACGGGAAUCGGUGUUAGCUCACGGGACAUCACAGAACCGCAAGUGGAGAACAACGUUUGCGAGGAGGACACCAUUGACAUCACGUUGCCAAUUCACCGAAACAAUGUCACUUUUCAAUGCUUUGAAGACUUUCCUAUUAUUGACCCGGCAAAGCCCGAAGAUGUGUACAAGGACGUGUCUCAUUCAGAAUCCGGCACUACGGACAAACUGGCCUCGCUACUUCCAAGGGCUACUCUGACAGGUGACGGUGAUCACAGCUACACUGUCAUGGCGCCGGUAAGGCUCGAUAAAGACGUCACGCUCGUCUAUGUUUGUAGACGCGCGGGCGAGGCUGGCGAAGUUACGCUGCACAGUCCCUUAGUGACGAACUCCGGCAAGUGCGUGGUAACUAUCACAGUCAAAGGCACCGGGGAAAAGCCCGUCACGUGCUCUCCUGGGGAAGACACGGAAAUUAUGAUUUCCAGUCCAGAGUCAACAGUGAAGAUGAAGUGCCCUCCAAAACUUGCGUUCGAGCCCCGGGAUUCAUCCAGUGUGUUCGACAACAAAGACGGCAAAUGCAAUACAGCGGAGGCACUAAGUGCCCUCAUCCCCGGCGCGGCGCGGAGCGAUGCGGAUAACGAGUUUGCUCUGACUGUGUCACGUCUUCCCUCUGGUUCUGAAGCGAGAGCCUUAUGCUAUCGAUGCGCCUCCUCAGCCACACCAGCGUCUGGGGUGACUACACAGGAAUGCACAUUCCGUAUUACCGUAGAACCGACGGAUGCAGUAGAGUCCGGUGGUCAAAGCGUACAGGAUGCAGCAGCUGCCUUUCUCUCGAUGAGCGUGGCGCUGUGGCUGCAGUCGCAAAUGUGA